CAGCAUGAUGCGUCGACGUGCAGCUUUAAUCGUCAUAUCCUCAUUUCUUUGACUUUGGGUUUGAUUCAUAUCCCCUGAUCCAACAAUCAACCUUAUAUAUAUAUAUUAAGUAAAGGCCUUCGUGUUAAAAUGCGAGAAUUUAAAUCACGUCCCCUCAAAAGGUUACAAAACGUUUUGCGUAAUGUUUUACGUAACGGAGGAUGCGUGGUGACGUCAGCGACAGUUUGACAAGCAUGAGGCGCACACUCGGUUUACUGGGGCUGAUCAGAGUAUUUGGAAGAAAUCCGUCGUCUCGUGCGUCGUUUGCGUUGAAUUUCUGCAGGAAAUCGUCGAGUGAGCGACCGACCAUGGACCUGAGUGACAUGAGGAAGAAAUACAAGGGAGACGAGGAGUGCUUUGAGGAGAGCCAGCUCGUGUCUCUGGACCCGAUCAAGCAGUUUGCCGACUGGUUCGAUCAAGCCACAAAGUGCCCCGAAAUCGGGGAGGCCAACGCCAUGUGCAUCGCCACGGCAACCAAAGACGGGCGCCCGUCUGCUCGCAUGGUCCUCCUCAAAGGUUACAGCCACGAGGGGUUCCGCUUCUUCACCAACUACGAGAGCAGAAAGGGCUCCGAGCUGGAGAGCAAUCCGUAUGCGUGUCUGGUCUUCUACUGGGAACCCCUCAACAGACAGGUUCGCAUCGAGGGCACCGUGGAGAGAAUCCCCUUCCAGAGCUCCUGUGACUACUUCCACUCCCGGCCAAAGAGCAGCCAGAUCGGCGCCGUCGUGAGCCGACAAAGCACUCCGGUCCCCGACAGAGACUAUCUGCGGCAGAAGAAUGCGGAACUGGAGGAGAAGUACAAAGACACAGAUGUGCCAAUGCCGGACUACUGGGGCGGCUACAUGGUCAAGCCUUCCGUGAUGGAGUUCUGGCAGGGUCAGACCAACCGCCUCCACGACCGCAUCGUCUUCAGCCGGCCGAGGGACGGCGCGUCUGAGCCGGGGGAGCUCCAGCACGCCGCGGAGGGCGGCUGGGUGUACCAGCGUCUCUCCCCGUGAGGGGAAACCCGCAACGGGAACAAGAGGAAAAAGGAGAAGAAGUGUCUAUUAGAAAAGCUGCUGCUGUGUGUCGGAUUUAUCCAUCACGUCGUCGUCGUUUUUUUUGUUUUUUUCCUCAACGACAAUAUUUUGGCGGUUGCCACGGUGACACAGGCGUGACACAACCACACGGCGAGCAAGGAGACGCCACGCGGUUUACAGCAAGAGAGCAAACUCCACCUGUCCCUCUUUUUUUAUUGAUGAUCGUCAAUGACGCACAUCUCUUUGCGACUUCCGUCCAUUUUGUGUGUUGAAGUAAUUGGCAACGCUUCGAUUGCAUUGCUGAUGGUUAGAAUUGUGCGCAUGUGUCUUGUGUUGUUCAAGAAUGUUUGCUUUUGAAAAAUGGAAUAGAGGCAGUAAUAAAUUCAUUUGAAACUGA